AUGCGUUCGACCAGCAGAGCAGCAAGGCAGUCGAGUCGAGAGUGUUUAAGCGUAGCGGUAGGAGGAGUAGGAGCAGCAGGUUUCGUGACAGGUGGAAGUAGCACAGGUGUAUCUGAGAGGAGAUCACUUUUACACGCCUCAGACACACUGUGGGAGGCUUUGUACCUUCCCGGUGUCUCUCCUUCCUCCAGGAAACACGCAGGCAUACACCAUGCAGCACACGAUCACGCGCCAAGGGGUGUCGUCUCAACUGCUACCUCGAGUAGAAAAGCGUUAACAGCUGCACUGAGCGAUUUUCAGACUAUUGGUGGCUGGAGACUUCGCAGACUACCAGGGCGCCCCAGGGGGCGUUCUUCCCCUCGUCCUGCACACCGCCCUUCUUGCCGCUGUACUGCAAUUGCAACUGCAUCUGGUGCCCACCAAACCGAGCAGCAGCAGGAGCAGCACCAAGAGCAGCACCAAGAGCAGCACCAAGAGCAGCAGCAGGAGCAGCAGCAGGAGCAGCACCAAGAGCAGCAGCAGGAGCAGCACCAAGAGCAGCACCAAGAGCAGGUGUCACUUGAGGCGAAUGUGGCCGCAGCAGCGGCGGCUUUGGAGAUGUCAGAGGAGCCGCAGGAUGAGGAGGAGGUUCUAUCUCAAGACUCCCACAGCGUCCACAGCAGAACGGGGGGAGAAGGCGGGGCAGCAGCUGCAGAGGAAGCAACUGAAGCAGAAAUGGAGACAGAAAAUGCAGCAGCCGAGGGCCGAAUAGAUACCGACGAAGAGGCGGAGACAUCGGAAGAAGCGCCGCACCAACAACAGCAGCAGCAGCAGCGCCGAAUGUCUGGCCGUCGCCGACGCAACAUCCCCGUUUCCCUGACUCCAAGCCUCGGCAAGAGCAGCAGCAGCAGCAGCAGUGCGAGGGGAGCUCCUACACGCAGCGGCGGUGCAGCUGCUGCAGCAGCAGCAGCAGGUGCAGCUCGAGGCAUUCGAGAUGCAGCUGCCUAUGAGGGGGGAACUCCAUGGGAGGAAGCUCCCAGUUCAAAGGGCAACGCCGACCUUGUGGCUCUCAACGAUGCAGAUAGGCAGAAGCACCCGGGGUGGUAUAACGGCCCUGUCGGCUCGUGCGAGCCAACGCAUCGCUGUCUGUGCUGGUGGAGAUUUAGACCUACUGGGAAGUACCAGCCAGGCCUGGUUAUAAGAGAUCUGGAAUCCGAAAUGGAAGCGAAACGCAUGACGCCUGCAGUGAGAGACGCGCUGCUUGCCGGCAUGACAGGCAGAGCGCCACAUGGCCGUGGGGGAGGAGGCGUUCCCCACAGUAACUUGCAAGGCAAGACACCGGCUUUCAAGACAGAAAUCGUAGUGGUGAUGGCUCUCGAAGACCUCAAAUACUCCCUGUGCAACUGGACAAGCACCAAGCCCAUGCCGUUUCCUGCAGGAUGCCAACAGUUGCGUCUCGAGAAGAUGGCGGGCUACUCCCUUAAGUGUCUGAAUGCUCUCGCAAGGGCCAAGAAGAUCCUCCAACUCAGGGAAGCAUACAGAGAUAUGAAGCAUGCCCGGCCUGAAGCUUUAGAGAAUCAGCUCCUCGAUACGUUGGCGCGGGAGCACAUUAAACCUACCCACGAGACAGUCAAGCACCUGUUCACAGUGUCAGCGGACGUGAUUAUCCAAAGCUACACUACCAUGCCCCCAGGCUGGGAUUGGGAUGCGUAUCAGCGGGAAGAGGAAGAGGCGGCGCAGCGGAAGCGUUCGCGCGAAGAGGCCGCAGCGGCUGCAGCAGCAGCUGCCGCUGCCGCGAGUGGAGGGCGCAAGCGUCGUGCUGCUGCGGCAGUUGCCUUGCUUGCAGCAGCGGCGUGCGGCGAGGAUGGCGAGAGCAGCGAGGGGGGUCUGCAGGAAGGGCCUUCAGCCGCAGCAGCGACCCCGACAAAGGCAGCAGCAGCAGCAGCGAAACACGGGGUGGAUUAUUAUUACCGGGGUGGCAGACGAGUCGUGUUGGCACGGACGCCUCCCCUUGUGCGACAGCGUCGGGGAGAGCUGGCAGCAGCAGCCUUGGGGCUAAGUCCGCUGGAUGAUCCUCUGCUAGCGGCCGCCGUAGGGUUGCUUCCGGAGCAGCAGCAGCAGCAGCAGCAGCAGGAGGCCUUGUUGCAGCAGCGGAAGGAGCAACAGCGCCUCAGCGGCUUGCUGAAUGGAUUCUCAGGGCAGUGGAUGACGAUGAUGAGAUCUCUGGUGCUGAGUCGGGAGCGGCUUCUGCAGCUGCUCCAGCCCGUCCCCCUUGACCUCCUGCACAAUCCAACGUAUUUGUUCGCUCCCCUCCCGCCGCUCUUGUCUCCUGUGCUGCUGAUGGAAAUCGCGGUCCAGCAUCAAAAUCCUGCUGCCGCUGCGCAUCUCCUUGCCGCCAACCUGCUGCUUCACCGCCUCGGUGACACUGUGGCCAUCAGAGCUUUAGAUCCCGCGCAAAAGCGACUUGCCUUAGAAGAGACGCAACAGCACGACACGUGCUCGAGGAACGCGAGGCAGCAGCAGCGCAAACCCCACGGCAAAGCGACUCCCCACAACCAAACCGGUGAGCCGCUGCAAAGCAAGGCAUCGCUCGCUCUGAGUGCUUCUCCAUGUCUACGCUCUCUUAGUUGUGUAUUCUUCGUAAGAAUUCUCGACGCUUUAACAGGCUCUCUGUGGGGAUGCACGCGAUCAUGUGGUGGCAACAGCAACAGCAACAGCAGCAGCAGCAGCAGCACUGUGCGCUUCGAGAUGGGGUAUUCUGUGUGCCUCUGUCUUGGACUGCUGUAUGGCCGCAUCAAUCCAAACCAGUUGCCGUUAUAUGCCGCUGCAGGAUCCAUGCAGCAUCUGCAGCACCAGAAGCAGCAGCGUCUUAAGAGGCAACGCUUCCGCUGUGCUCCUUGGAUCGGCCUUCUGACAGGAGAACAAGUUGCUGCCCGCAACUCCUGCUCCCCUUCCUCCUCCACAAUGAGCGGUGACUCGCUGGCACCUGGGAAGCACUGCAGCGAGGGCACCUUAGAAACCCUCAACGGCAAAGAUCCACGCGCGCAUGCAGAUGCAGCAGCAGAGAAAACGCAGCUGUACAUGGACGUGGACGGGCCAGAGGCAGCAUCCUCUACGGCAUACACAGCUCCGAUUGCUGCAGCACUGCAGAAUGCUGCUGCAACAACCGACGAAUCUCAUGGCAUAGCCUCAGCAAUAUCAACAAGAGAAGCACCAGCACGAGGUUCUGAAGAGGGCGAUGCAGGCUGGGAGCUCCCUUGGCCAUCCUCUCUCGGCAUACAGCCCACAGUUCCGUUGAAUCUGUGUUUGCUAACCAUACACUGCAGCUGUGACGACGAGGAUUUCCUCCUUCGGGUGUCUCUUGAUAAGGUGAGUGUGCAGCAAUGCGUGACUCUUGCGGUCCGCCUGCAGGUGAGCAACCAGCCUCCUUCUCUCUCUGAACUUGAACGGUGCUAUACAACUCACGGGGAGCGUUUUUCGCUGUCUGCUCUGGACACGCGUCUUUCAACUUUGAGUGAUAUCGAGGCGCAUAGUCGCACGCUGCUUUCACUCCUCGAGGCUGCGCAUGGCAGCAGCAGCAGCAGAGCCGCCGCUGAAAGGGCGCUCGAAAAGAAGGGAGGCAAGCACCUCAUUCUGAGGAGAGUUCCUACCAAGGGAUUCCCAAUAGCCAACAACAACAACGGCAGUGCUAACUGCCAAGCCGGGGAAAGCCCGUCUAAGAAGCGGCUGCCAGUAGGGGAUGAUUUGCACCAACAGCAACAGCAACAGCAACAGCAUGCUGUGGGCAACCUGGCGGGGGAGGCGAGCAUUGUUGCUGCUGAUAUCAACAGCAGCAGCAGCACGUAUAAUGAGGAUGUUGUGGAUCGCAGCGAGCUGCGAUUUGACUGGCAGCUGCGAGGUGUCGCUGCACGGCUCGAGGCAGAGAAGGAAGCUGGACGCGUCAGAGAGGGGGACGGGGGGAAGAAGGAUGCCGAGGAAGACAAGACAAGCGACUCCAAAUGCUCAAAGAUGCAGCAGCUUCCCCAAGUGAACUUGGGGAUUGAGCCCCCCAAAGAGACACCCCUCAGGGGGCGGCCACUACCUGAGGGAUCGCUCCUCGCCUCUCGCUUUCAGGAGGCGAUUGCACAGAUUAUUGAUGGCCAUAGAGCCCGGCAAGAGGUCUCUGGUGGCCCUUUAGCUUUCUCAGAGGCCCCCGUAGAUGCCUCCGGGUGUGAAGUCGGUGCCAGUUCUCCUCUACCGCAAGAGACAGCAAGCGCCGGUAACUUGCACGACCACCCUCAGCAUUACUUCGUCUCAUGGUGA